GCGACAGCAGGACGUGGUUGAACAACCAAGGACGCCAGCCGCCUUCCUGUAAGCCCUACUUGGCACGUCGCGUCAUUGUUGAACGUGCCUGCAUUCAAGCAAGACCAUGCAACACAGCGGUCGCGAUCAAGAUUUGCAAGAGCGCGUAUCGUACAUCCAGUCGAACACCAACGACGGUGACAACAAGGGCUAUGAAGAUGCCAAGACGCCCGGGGAGCUCGAAGACGGCGCCCUCGUCGCGGGUGGGGCCCUCGACCUCUUUUCCCGCGAAGCCAUCGGUCUAUUCACCCAAUAUGCGGCGAUCGGGAUCAUCUACGGCAUGAUUCCGGCGCUCAACUACCCCAUCUUCAACGUGUACCUGCAACUCGAGGGGUUCCAGACGGCGUCGUAUUCGACGUUGGUGACGCUCGGUUGGUCGUUCAAAGUGUUCAUGGGGAUGUUCUCGGACUGCUUUCCGAUCUUUGGGUACCGCCGCAAGUCGUGGAUGUUGAUCGGGUGGACAGCGACCAUGAUCUGUUUGUCCAUCAUGACGUUUUCGUCGCUGGGCGACCCGUACUGCGACCGUGAAAAGGCGGCCGAGCGCAACUCGAAGGCGUGCUCCAAGCCGUACUCGAACGCGUCGUCCAGUGACCUGGACUUGUUCAACCUGGCGGCACCGGACAACGGGGGCCUGUUUAUCAUUCUGUCCAUGUUUGUGUCGCUGGGGUACGUGACGGCUGCGUGUGCGUCGGACGCGAUGGUGGUGCAGUAUGCGCAGCGCGAACCCUUGGCGAUUCGCGGCCGCGUGCAGACGGCCAUCUACGUCGUGCGCACGAUGGCAAGUAUCAUAUCGUUGAUCGUGACGGGCUUUGGGUUGAACGGCGCCAACUACAACGGGUCGUUCUCGUUCUCGAUGGCGCCCAACAUCCCGUACGGCAUUUGCUUGAUUCCGUGCGUGAUUGUGGUGCUGUCGACGAUCUUUGUGGUCCAAGAAACCAAGACGCCCGGCGUUCCGAUCUUCGAGUGGGCUAACAACUUUUGGGAGCUGCUCCAGAAGCGCGUGAUGUGGCAGAUCUGCGCGUUCCGGUUCAUCAACAGCAUGUUCCAGAACAUCGGGUCGACGGCGACCAACCCCGUGGCGAGUACGUGGGCCGAAGUCGAGCCGUUGAACGACUCGUUGUCGUCGAUCAUCGGGAACGCCAUCUUUUCGGCCAUCCUCGUCGCGGUCGGCAAGUGGGCUCUGUCGGUGUGA